AUGGAAAUCGAAACUUGUGAUCCAAAAAUUCUCGAUAUUCAACUUCCCUAUCCACCAACCAUAACUCCCCGAGAAUGUCUCACCACAAAGAAAAAUGGCGAGAUCCCCACAAAAGCGCCCAAUAGUUUUCUGAUUUAUCGUCGAUUAUUCCACGAAGAGAUUCGCGGUCGAGGUUUUUGCCUACAACAACGAGCGCUCUCUUCGAUUAUAUCACGAUCAUGGGAAAAACAAUCACCACAAGUCAAGAAUACUUACAAAGAAUUGGCGAGACAAGCGAAUCUGGAACUUAUCGAAAUUCGUAGAUUAUGUCUGGCCGAUACCUCGCUAUUGACGAGAUCAUAUCCACAGAAACCAUAUCGAAAAGGAGUUUCAUUCGUUUCGCCAAUAAUCGGGAAAUAUCAUAGCUCUUCGAGUAAUCAUAUCAAUAAUAGUAAACAUUCCAGUCAAACUAACUUUCGAAUUCAAAAGAUUAUUCCACCAACUUCUACACCACCACCAUCAUCAUCAGCGGUAGAAUUAAACAAUCAAAAAUUCUCUACAAAUGCACCGUAUCAUAAUCAAUUAAUAUUACCACACCCAGAUUCUCACAAAUACCAUAAUCAACACCGUGCAUUUCAUCAUUCAAAUCACUCUUCUGAAUCAAUGGACUCGGAUACAGAUGAUAAUGUUAGUAAUCAUAGCGACGAGUAUCGAAAACCUUCGAGGUCAAGUUUCUUGGAUAUUGUCUUGAAUGACACUUCGGAAGAACCCAGCAUAACGAAACGUGUAACACAUCAUUAUCAAUAUCCAGAAACGACCAAUUCAUUUGAACAAAAGAUAGUGAAAUAUGAAUUUGUUCCAGAAAUGCGAAAUGAAGUGUCUUCAUCGACUGCUGCCAUCACCCCUCCUCUUUCCAACACAUCGUCGUCAUCAGUACAUAAAGAACACUUAAAAUCCGAAGAUAUCUGUUCGGAAUGUUUCUUGCCAAAAAGCCCCAGUAAUGAUUGCAUUAAAAUGAAUGAAUAA